AAAUAGAUACGAGGGGAAUAACUAAGGCCUCGAUAUUUGUUUGGAAACUUGGAACCCCCUUUCGUCGAAGAUGCAUAUAAAUAUGAAAGAAAGGUGGGAAUAAGCAUCAGUCAACUGUUCUUUCAACACUUGAAGAUUUUAAGAAUCAUCAGUUUUUGCCACAAUGCAGUUCUUGUACAUUAUUGCCAGUGUGCUAGCUGUAGUUGCAGCCCAAGAUUACGAGAUACAUCCUCAAAUGAUUGUGAACAGGUAUCCAGAAUGGUACAUCCGCAGCGAAUACUCCCAUCCAAGAUUUCAGAGGGAUCUAUCAGUAGAUAAGAAAACCGAAGACGUAACCUUGGACCACAAAACCUCGCCUGAUGGCCGCAUAUUCGGAACUUUAGGUUCAAGAGAUGAGGCAUUAUUUGGUAAAGCUGGCUACCAACGCAACGUAUUCGACGAUCACCGUGGUAAACUAGAUGCUUCUGCUUACGGAUCGCGUGUUUUAACCCCUUAUGGCGAUUCAAGCAAUCUGGGAGGUCGCUUAGAUUAUAAAAACGACCAUUCUGCUGCCUCUUUAGAUGUAAGCAAGCAAAUCGGCGGACACACUGCGGUCGACGCUGCUGCUGGUGGUAGAUGGCCGAUUGGUCGCAACGGUGACUUCACAAUGCAAGGCACCUACAGUCGCUUCGGUCCCCUACAAGACUACGGUGCGAGAGCCGGUUUGAACUACCGCUGGUAAAAUCCAGUCUAGUCAACUAGAUUGUACAUAAUUUUAAUGAUACUGUAAAAUUUAUGUUUAAUGUAAAUAUCAUAUUAUUAUUCGGUCAUUCGUUCUUCCUAUACAAUGUACAUAAAUUAUUUAAAUAUAUAUAUAAUUAAUAUACAUUUAUUUCAUUAUUAA